CAGCGCUCACCUUUCUCCGCCUGUCUGCGCUCGUGCUCGCAUAUUUUUUUUUCUUUCGAUCGUAGAACAGAUCGAUUUCCCACGGUGCGAAGUCCGUUACCAACCAGUAGCUAGACGUCGUGUGGUUAUCUGUGUGUAUUUAUUAAACCCUAAAUGGUGUACACAUCACCGUUGUGACCUCCACCGGUAGAGUCUACACAUGAGAGGAAGCACCGAUGUGUCUGUGAGGACAGAGGAGCUGUUCGGAUCAAGGUUCAUGUGUUUUCCCCUCAGAUUUCGACAGUUUCACGGACACUGGCACUGUAGGAAAAAUGGAUAACAGGCAUGGCUGGCUGUGGGAAGCAACAGGCCUGGAUCCUGCUCUCCAGCACCAACGCUGAGGAGCAGCAGGGGAUCAAGAAGCCUUCCCAGCCCAGAGUGCACCCUCCUGGCCUCUGUCAGGCUUUCAUCAGCAUCAUCUCAGCUCUCUUUGCCGCACUCAUCUGCCUAGUCUAACUGACAUCUACUUACAUUUAAUGAGUAAAUACAUUCACAUCUGAUCCCAGCUACAAGCCUCCUUAUGUGCCCCUGAAUAUUAUUUUACAUCCUCCUGACCCAGAGAUACAGUCAGCAGCCAUGAGGAACACCAGAUCGAGCCUGCUCCUGGGCUGUGUACUCCUCUGCUCCGCCUCCCUGCUCUACCUGGGUAUGAGUGGGACAGAAUGCCCUCCAAAAAGUCAUCGGUAUCGCUGGAUGGAGCUCAACCUGGGCUCAGCCAAUCAGAGCUUACCCCUCUCUGAACACUUCCCUGAGGACACGCCGCUCAUCUUCAUCGGUGGCUUUCCUAGGAGUGGCACCACACUGAUGCGCGUCAUGCUGGAUGCCCACAAUGCUGUGCGGUGUGGGGAGGAGACACGAGUGAUUCCUCGCCUCUUGGCUAUGCGGGCCACCUGGAGCCGCUCAGUUAAGGAGAGGAUACGAUUGGACGAGGCUGGGGUCACCGAUCAGGUGUUGGAUUCAGCUGUGCGAGCUUUCUUGUUAGAGGUGAUAGUUGGCCACGGAGAGCCUGCUCCUCACCUUUGCAACAAGGAUCCAUUUGCCCUGAAGUCUCUCUCGUAUCUGGCACGCAUCUUCCCUAAAGCCAAAUUUGUGCUCAUGUUACGAGACGGACGGGCAGUUGUCCACUCUAUGAUAUCACGUAAGGUGACCAUCUCUGGCUUCGACCUGAACAACUACAGGGACUGUAUGACCAAGUGGAGCAGUGCAAUGGAGACUAUGUUCAGCCAGUGCCAAGCAGCUGGGGAGGACAGAUGUCUGCCCAUCUACUACGAGCUUCUUGUUCUACACCCAGAAGAGGAAAUGAGAAACUUGCUUCACUUCCUCAACCUGCAGUGGGACCCGUCAGUGCUGCACCAUGAGGAGCUGAUUGGAAAGGAUGGUGGUGUGUCUCUGUCCAAAGUCGAGCGUUCGACAGACCAAGUGAUGAGGCCGGUGAACACAGACGCCCUCUCCAAGUGGGUGGGGAACAUUCCCUCAGACGUGAUGAGCGACAUGGCUCAAAUAGCCCCCAUGCUGGCUCGCCUGGGCUACGACCCUCACGCAAACCCUCCUGACUACACAAGACCACAGCCCAUGGUGUCUCGGUUCAACUACUCACAGAGUUGGAAAGAAGCAGAAAUUCAACGCCCCAGGUGAGCAAAAGAGGAAAGUAUGGCAAACUCAGCUCUGCCGUUCCACAAUAUGGAUGCACCUUAAACACAAACUUCCAGUUCAGUGGUAAUUGCACCUCACAGGAAAGUUUUUGAAGUGUCCCGUGUCUAUUUUGGAAUUGUUUGUAAGAUAUUCAUAUUUGUACAUGUGUGGAGUGUUUCAAAUACGGACUCAUCAAGUGGUUUGGUUUUUAAAUCUCAGCUCUUAUGUAUGUGGACUACCUGCUCAGGGAAGUUUGCUGCUUCUCACUCUCCAGUGUUUACUCCACAGUGAUGGUCCAUGGUUACACAGAAUUUUGAUGCAUCCUCUCACCUCGUACUUGAACGCGUUACAAUAUGUCUGUAAGUUGUUAUGAAUUCACCACAAAUGUGAAUGUCUUUAGAUAAAUCUUUCACUUGCUGACAGUUCAGUCAGUGUUCAUGAAUCAUACUGACUAUAUUUUUGAAGAUGUAUGUUUAUUUUCUUAAUAAAUUAUUUUGGUGUUGACCAUUCAUUCAGGAAUUUGAAAGUUGUUUAUUCUGAAGUAAGGAUUUGUAAUUGUUGUAUAUUGUUGAAAAUGAAUAAAAAUAAUAG